AUGGCGUCCGAGCGCACGAAGCAUUCCGGUGCAGCAGAGUUUGUUAUCUCAGCUGUAGCGCGGUGCCGAUUCCACGUCGUGAAGCACGACAGACGCGUUGCUCUGGAGAAGGGGCGGGGUGAGCACAUGGUUGUCGAGGUGUUGAAGCACAUUUGCUUCACUCGAGAUGACCGUUGCUACGGCGCUGGCCUCCUGCAGCCUCAUUUUCCACGCGGCCGCCAGCACGCCAGGCGAUACUCGCGCGUUGCGCCCUACAUGUGCCGAGCCGCGCUGGGUCGGCUCCGUUCGCGUUUGAACCCAGACGGGCGCGCGGCGACGCUGCAGCGCGUCGUCAUCACCGCCAUCAUCGUCGUCGUCAUCACCAUAUUCGUCAUGCGGGGGGUGCGUGACCGCGUUGGGGAGGCGUGGCGGCGAUUCUUCCUCGCGGAGACGUCCGCCGAGGACUUCCUGCAGGCCGUCCUGGACGAGCACAGCUGCGGCCACCGCUGCGGAGGGACCCCGCCAGUCAAGCUGGCGAAGGUCUUCGGCCCCAGCGGGGGCGCGCCCUGGGUCAUCGACCCGGAGAGGCGCUUGGCCAUACAGCUGGCUUGGAUGCACCGGUUCCCGAAGCAGCGCACCCCCUGCUGCGGCGAGCGGUUCUGCUUUCGGUGCAAGGUAUCCUCGUGGCACCGGGGCAUCACCUGCGAGGAGCGCCUGGGGACGGAGAAAGCCCGCCAGGCGCAGCUCUGCCCCGGCUGCGGCGUGCCGGUGCAGCG